AUGGCUGCAGCAAUCACCAAGCUGCCGCCUGUGCGGCGUAGUCCCACGACCCUCCAAUACCUCGAAUACAAGCACAAAGUCAAGUUAGACAAGCCCUACUUCAAACCCCGGUUCACCUUCAAGUCCGAGGAUAGAAAACAUACACUUUUACGACCAGAGUUUCGCUUUACUGAUCCAUUGAUGCCGCCAUAUCCAUACGGCAAGAAUGCUGCGUUUCGAGAAGCGAAUUUUGGACUGUAUGGAGGCGCAACGCUACAAUCGGGAAACAAAAUUUCCAAAGGCCGGAAUAAGGGCAAGACAUUGCGAAAAUGGUUUCCCAACGUCAGAAUCGAAAAUUUCAAGAGCGAUGCACUAGACACAGAACUCAGAAUUCCGGUAACCGCCCGAGUGGUGCGAACGAUACGCAAAUGUGGUGGUAUUGAUGAGUAUGUCAUGGGGACGAAACCAGCGCGGGUAAAAGAACUGGGGAUGCUAGGCUGGAAGCUCAGAUGGCUCGUAAUGACCUCUCCCAAAAUGCUCGCGAGAUUCGAUAAGGAGAGAGCCGAACUGGGUCUGCCACAGUCGACAUCCCUGAGAGCAGCCUUCGAAGACGUAUGGAAUGACAGUGACCAGAGAGCGAAACUGCUUCAGCAGCAAGAGCUGGCCUGGUCAGACUUGCGCCAGGCUGCCAGCAGAUUCGAAGAGCACGUGCGGAAGCAUUGGAUCGAGAAUGGCGAAGAGGUUGAUUACGAGAUCCCGGAAAUGCAUACACUACGGAGAAGGAGUCCUACUUCUUAUAUUCUACCAGAACAGCUGGAAGGGAAUCUCAGCAACGACGUCGAAAAAUUGACAUUAGAGGAGCCGACAGCCCAGACCAACUGA